AAGUUCGUCAUCUUGCAUGUCAUCAGUAGUAAACAGUACGCCUAACCUGCAUUCCGAGUACUUUCGUCCAUUACUGAAUUCUUAACAAUUUUGGCUUCUAUUUGUCGUGGCUUUAUCAUUCUUGAUCAACUUUCUUAGACCGCAGAGUGAGUUGAAGUUGACUUGGGACUAAAGCGAAUUGGGCGAUUCGAGGAAAUCAGCAAGUGUUUGUGUGUUUCUGGUGUGUGGACAAAUGGAUGACAAACAAUACGAGUACAUGCCAAUUGUAUCUGCCAUGAUUUCUGUUAAUACAAAAGUUAACAUCUAUGGUGUGAUAGCUGAGUAUGAACAACCAAAGCCAACCAAAGGAUCUGAUAUGAUGUCAACAAUGACCAUUGUGGACAUGUCUUAUCCUAGCCCUGGUCUUCGUUUAAUUGCUUUUGAUGCUGAUUCAAAGAAACUUCCUCAUGUGAAUAAAAUUGGUGAUAUUAUUCGUCUUCGUCAUGUUCAGAUUGAACAUCACAACAAUGCAGUCAAUGCUGUUGCCAAGAAAAAGUAUUCGUCUUUCCUUCUUUUUGAGGGAAACAGUGGUUCUAGUUAUGAACCUUAUCAGUUCUCUCAUGAUGGAUACAAAUUUACAGACCAUGACAAGAUGCUAAUAAGUUCUCUACGAAAGUGGCUGGAAUCCUCUCCUCUUUACAUAGGUAAAAGUGAUUACGCAGCUCAAAUAAAAGAUAUUAAGGAGCGUGCCUAUUUUGAUUUGUGUUGUAAGGUUCUCCUUUUGCACGAAAAAUCUGAGAAAUUAUCAGUCAUUUAUGUGUGGGAUGGAACUGAUGCUCCACCACAAGAGUUUGAAAUGAAGCAAGAAGAAGAAACGGACAUUGUCGCUGAUCCUUUUGGGGAAUCCUCUCUAAUUGCUCUACAAAGAAAUGAUUUAUGUAAUUUUCCAUCUGUGGGCUCUGUUAUUCCAGUAUAUGUAGAGAUGCCUAUCAAUGAACUUCAGUCACGAUUUCCGAAAAUAGGGCGUUGGGUGAAACUUCGUAACAUGACUUGUCGUAGAAAUUCAGGGCUCUGGGAAGGAGUUAUGACUGAUAAAAGUAAGGUUUCUAGUAUUUCCCCUGAGAUGGAGAAAAUGUAUGUAAGAGAUUCUGCAGAACGCCUUGAAACAAAUUCAUACUUGCCUCAGUGGUGUCCGAAGAUUCUGGAUGGUAUAACAGUGACAAAUUGUGAGGGUAUCAGAUUCUCAUCAUUGAUAGAUGUCAUCACGAAUUCACAGGUAACAUACAAAUUUCGGUGUCUUGUUCGAGUGAUAGCAAGCUUACCACGGAAUGUUGAAGAAUUUUGUGGCGAGAGAAAGAACUCUGAAAACAAUAUAGAGUAUUUUUAUAGAGUGAGGCUUACCUUGGAAGAUGCCACAGCUAGAAUACAUGCAUAUUUGUAUGGUGAAGAUGCGAAUAAAUUUUUCAGUGGCUAUCCUCCAACAAGUUUAAUGGGUUCUACCAUAAAUUUGGUUGCACUGAAGACUAAAUUCUAUAAGCUUCUUGGUAUUAAUGAAUGCAAUUCCAAUGAAGGUGAAAAGUCUUCAAGAAUUCAAAAUCCCCCUUGGGUGGAAUGUUGUAUCAAGUCAUAUUACUUGGACAAAAGUUCUCCUUGGGAUAGCAGGCGAUAUAGAAUCUUUGGUACUACUUUGCAAGGUUGAAUUUGAUAUACUAGUAAAAUUUGUUCUUUAUUUUUCAAAUCAAUUGUCAUCUAUGGUUUUUUCUGGAUGAAUAUAUUUUGUAUUUGAUGCGUCAUCCAUGUGUUGCAAAAGUUGGCAAGAUAUUAUGACAAAGAUGAAAGAACCCAUUUCAUGA